AUGACGCGUGUUGUAUUUUGUGACAACACUAUAACUGAUGGGGCCAAAAAAAAAUGGAAAAAUUUAAGGGAUACUUAUGCGAAAGAAUUAAAAAAAAUUCCCAAGCCUCGUUCGGGAGCUAACGCUGACAAUGAACCGGAGUAUACAGGAACUUGGCCAUAUUUUGAGUCCUUGUCAUUUUUAAAAGUUAUUCUAAAACUCCGAAAACAAGACGGAAGUAUUAUUGAACCAGAGGAAUCAGCAGAAAGCUAUCUAAUGGAUUCGUCGGAGUCUACAUACGCUAGUCAGGGAGACAAAUUUGACACAAACAUGACACAAAAUAAUUUUGAAAGCACUACUCUCGAUGACCCUGAACUUCAGGGAUUUGAACUUGAACAGUCCGAGUCGGUCAUGACAACAGAAAAUGAAACUGAAGCAAGACAUAAUUAUAGCAUCUCUUCAGCCUCAUCCUCAACAACAGCUACGACAAAACAAAAACGAAAACAUAAAGAUGAUGGAUUAGAAGUAUUUAUUCAAUUAGAGAGAGAGAAGAUACAAGUUUUGCGACAGGAUCAACAGGAUAACAAUGACGAUGACUUACUUUGGUUCAAAUCGAUGUUACCAUACAUGAAACAGUUGCCAUCAUUAAAUAAGUUACGUUUUAGAACACAGAUGCAGGAGCUACUUCUUAAGGAGUUGUCAAGUUUAAAUAAACAACAAGUACCACAAUUUGAUUCACAAAAUUCAUUUUUCCCUAAAGAUUAUGAAACCUUAUAA